UGAAGACGGUAGGGAAAUCUCGUUUGAUGGAUGUCCUCGCCGCUAAUCGGCGACCGCGGCAGCCGAGGCACACUGAACUAAACCGCGAGGAAGCGGGAGCGGAAGCGGAAGGUGUAGCGGAAGCCGGAGCGGAAGGUGCAGUAAACCGCGCGGAAGCGGAAGCGGAAGGUGUAGUGACUGAACUAAACCGCACGGAAGCGGAAGCGGAAGCGGGAACGGAAGCGGAAGCGGGAACGGAAGCGGGAGCGGAAGAUGUAGCGGAAGGUGUAGCGGAAGCGGAAGCGGAAGCGGAAGCGGAAGGUGUAGCGGAAGGUGUAGCGGAAGGUGUAGCGGAAGCGGGAGCGGAAGGUGUAGUGGAAGCGGGAGCGGGGAGUUGUUGAUGGUUUGCGAUAGAAGUACGUUACGUACUCCUGACUCACUCAGGAGGGCAUACUCAGACUUUGGUAGCACUUUCCUAAAUCUAUCUGAAUGCAGUUACGGCCAAACCUGGAUGCAUCUGACUGCAAUCACGUCCAGAGCUUGGUAGUAAAAGAGUCCUCGUGUGAGUAUUCCCGCAUGCAUACAGUUGAGGGUGAGUGUAUUAAGGCAUUUUCACACUAGGAAUUCUUCUACUGAGCUCUGGACGUGAUUGCGAUCAGGUGCAUCGAUGUCCUGCUGUAAUUUGGGUCAGAUACACGUAGAGUGAGGCAACACCGUAGCCUUGCUGGCAAUGGUGCAUAAUGAGACGCCCUAACGGCCUCGUUUCAGUCAAUCAGUCAAUCACGACAUGAGAGUUGAAAACAAAUCCAACAAAAAGAC